AUGCCUCAACUAAAACUUAAUGAAGAAGACAACCCGAGCGAAGUUUUUGAGUUAAUUUCAAAGCUUGGUGAAGGGACUUAUGGGCGUGUGUACAAAGGGUUACACAAACAGACCAAAACUAUUCUAGCAAUAAAGCAACUUCACUUGACUCCGUUAAAUUUAGAGAAGGAGGUUGAAGAUAAACUUAAAGAAAUUGCCGUCAUGCGACAACUUAAAAAUGAAUUUAUCGUACAAUAUUAUGGGAGUUACUACCACGAUAACUUGCUUUGGCUCGUGAUGGAGUAUUGCAGCGCUGGAAGUGUCAGCGAUGUUAUGCGCAUGCGCAAGCGGGUCCUAAGCGAGCUGGAGAUUCAAGCUAUUGUUCAUUAUUCUUUAUUAGGAUUAUCAUAUCUACAUGAAAAGUUAAAAAUACACAGAGACAUAAAAGCAUGCAAUAUACUGUUAACUGAAGAGGGAGUUAGCAAAUUAGCGGACUUUGGCGUGACUGGAGAAUUAAAGGACGCCACAUGCAAGCGCACGACUGUUGUUGGAACUCCUUAUUGGAUGGCACCAGAAGUUUUUCAGGAAUUGGGAUACGACCAUAAGGCGGAUAUCUGGUCACUGGGAAUUACUUGCAUCGAAAUGGCGGAGGGCCGCCCUCCUUUUUCCGAGUUCCAUCCUGUUCGCGCGAUGUUUAUUAUCCCCUCGAAGCCUCCUUCUACACUUCAGAACAAAGAAAAAUUUUCAAAAGAGUUUAAUGAUUUUAUUGCAAGAUGCUUAAAAAAGAUACCAUCUGAUCGUCCCGAUGCUAAGGACUUACUAGAAGACCCAUUUCUUCAUAAUCUUAAUUUGAACGUGCUAAUUGAAACUUCGCGAGAAGCCAUGAUACUUUUAGAAAGUAAAGGAAGUUAUCUUAGCAGUGAUGAAUGUAGCGAAAGUGAAUAUUCGGAUAAUUCAGAAACCAUUCACAAGAAAAGCCUUUCCGAAUCGUUGGACGACUUGGACGCCGGCACCUUUGUUCUCAAUACCGAUUCGUUAAAACCCGCCGAAAAUUUUACAAGGGCAAAAUCUUUUUCUAUAAAUGGAGAUGAAGACUACGAAUCCUACGAGACAAUGGUGAUUAACCGUAGAGACUCCGGUUCCUCGCUUGAAACUGCUACGAUUGUACAAAAAAAUAAUACAAUUGUUAAUAAAGAAGAGCGCUUGAGCGACGUGCAAAAGUUGCAAAGGAAGCAACAGGAGUAUAUGGCAGAAAUUUCACGGGAUAUUCCACGUAGUUCCAAGUCCCUCACAGAUGGUGAAGAUGACGUCUUUUGUCCAUUGGAAGAACUGCAAAAAUUAAGUUUAGAAGCCUUAAAAUUUAAGCUUUACUCUCUCUGCGCACAUCGUGAUAAAGAGUUAACGCUUUUAAAAAAGAAAUACGAACUUGAAAGGGUUGCAAUCAUGACGACCAUUCAAAGAAGGCAAAAAACCGAUCAAAAAGAAAAAGAUUCAAAAUAG